AUGUAUAUCCCUAAUCAUUACAAUGAAGAGGAAUGGGACCUCAAGGAGCAAAUUAUUAAGAAAUAUCCUUUAGGAACAUUAAUUACGUCGUCCAAAGAUGGGGGAAUAAUUGCAAAUCAUAUUCCUUUUUUCUUAUUUCAAGAUGAAAGUUCAGGCAAAUACUUCUUACAAGCACAUAUUGCAAGAAAGAAUCAUCAGAUACCAUCCUUAAAGUCAGAAGAUAAUGCUCUUGUGGUGUUUCAAUCCCACGACUCGUACAUCUCUCCAAGUUACUAUGCUACUAAGCAAGAGACCCAUAAAGUGGUACCAACUUGGGAUUUUGCUUCCGUACAUGUGUAUGGUAAGCCUGAAAUUGUGGAUGAUGCACAAUUUGUCAGACGGCAACUUGAGAACUUCACUAAUCAACAGGAGAAAAAAAGGGCAGUUCCUUGGGCUGUGGAUGAAGCUCCCGAAAAAUAUCUUAAUAUAUUGCAGAAGUCAAUUAUAGGAUUACAAAUAGAGAUUGAAAGGACUGAGUGCAAGUAUAAAUUUGAACAGAAAAUGAAAAGAGAAGAUAUCGACGGUGUUAUCGAAGGACUUGCCAAAGAUAACUUACCAGAGGUCUCAGAGUUUGUGAAGAGCUCUAACAAAAAGGCAGAAGAGACCGUAAAGUCCUAG